AUGAAGGAUCAAUCUGAUAAUGGUAAAAGUUUAAGCUCCCCUAAAUAGGCAGAUACUAAAAAGCCUAGUGAAUAAAAUUCCCCUGAUGAUAAAGAAAAGACCUUGUUAAUGGAUUAAAUGACUGCUAUUGGAGGAAUCAAAAGCUCAAUGGCAACUUCAUAAAAUAAAAGCUAAAAUAAUCCGAAUACAACUAUAGAAAUGAACAAGCGAUUCCUAGAUGAAACACAGGAUGAAGAUGCAAAUAAUAAUGUGAAAGGCAAACAUAAUAGUAAUAAUAGUAACAUCAAUCGUAACAGUGACUUGGAUAAUACAAGGUAUUAGAGUAGAAACAACUAGAAUGAUGAUUACAUUGAGGAUCAUUCAAGAAAUAACAUUUUGCCUUAAGAUGAGUACGAUGAAGAUGAAGAUAUAGAUGAUAGUUUUGAUGGUGACAAUUAAAGCAUGUAUUCACAUGUGGCCAGCUAGCAUCCAUUGAGUGUUGAUGAAGAGCGAGUGAAUACUACUCAGAAGACUGAUGGAUCAGAGGAUGAGUAUAUCUCAAAGAAACUUCAAAUGACUAAGAAAGAAUUAGCACCAAUCAUAAUGUACAAAUUCGGAUUUCUUUUAUGCAUAACCAUUCCUCCACUGUUUCUUUAUUAAGAUUGCAGAACGUCUCCUUACUUUUUCUCUCAUGUUAUUUUCCUGAUCCUAUAAAUUUGCCUAUUUGGAGUCUCGACUUUUUAUCACAGAAGGAAAAAUGGCAAAAAUGGCUAAAAUAAUGAAGUGACUUCAAGUCUAAUGCGAUCUCAGGGUCGUUGCUGCCGAGAAAUUUUAUCACAUAUGAAAAUUAUUGAUACCUAUACUAAUCUAUGCUUCUUUUCACUUGUGCUUAAUCAAGCAGAUAAAAUUCCUGGACUGAUAUAUGGAGUUUCAGCAGCAGCUAUUGGAGUUACCAUUCUUUUCAAAAUUAUUUUGGUAAUGUACUUUCUGAUAUUUGUACUUGUAAAACUUGGGAAAGAGGAGAAACCAAAGAAUGAAAAUGAAAAUACCACAUUAAUGAAAAAAAAUGUUUCUCAAACAAUACUCAAUCAGAAAACUCUAACAAAGCUUUUAUUGUGGCUUGAUUAGGAUACAAUAGCAAAGCUUUAUGAUCCUGAUAACGAUUAAAGUGGUGAGUCCCAGCUCUUCAUAUACCAUAAAUAGAAAUACUCCUACUUCAAAUCUUUAUUCGAAGAUGCCCCUUUAGCUGCAAUGCAAGCAUUAUAUCUAUCUCAAGAGUCAUGCUCAGCUGGUCUGAACUCAAUAAUUAUAAUAAGCUUGUACUUCAAUUCAGUCUGCAUAUUAUACUCAGUCAGCAAUCUUUGCUCAUCUAAAAAUAAGGAAGGAGGUGGUUCAAAAAUUUACAAGAAAGAGCUGGAUAGACUCAGAGAUUACUAUGAUGGAAACUAAGCUAGAGUUAUAGCUGAAUUUUACAUUGAAGAUCAAAAUGAUAUUCAGGCUGUAAAAAUGAAAGCCCUAAAUGACUUUUUGAGCUAUCAUGAAUAUGAUGUAUAAUCCUUCAAUUUCUCAACCAACUAAAUGAGCGAAGAAACUAUCAACUACCUGCAAGAGAUUAUAGUUAAUUCAUCAGAAUCCCUGGAAGAUCUAACACUCUCUCGAUGCAAAUUAAAAUCUCUACAUCUUUCUUAUUUCUACUAUCCUAAAUGCCUCCUCAAGCUUAAUUUAUCUGAAAAUCGUAUUGGAGACUCUGGAGCAAAACUUAUAGCAAAUUAUAUCCUAGAAAAAAAUUAAGAAUCCUUAUUAGCUCUUAAUCUAGAGCACAAUAAUAUUAGUGAAUAAGGAGCGUUGGCCUUACUAAAAGCAAUUUAGUAAAGUUCAGUUGUUCAUGUAAAUUUGAGAAAGAAUAGAGGUGAUCCUGUAACUUAGUAAUAUAGUCUAGGACUGGCAUUUGAUUUCUUCAAGGUAUUACAAUUAAACUUCAUAAGGUACUUUGUUGCUAAGAAAUUAUAAGGAAAUGGCGCAAGACUUGAGGAGGGAUAUAUGGUAAAACUCUCAAUCAAUGAGGGAAUAGAUAGGGUUUUAUUGUCUUUAUUCAGAAUUGAUGUUGUAUAGACUUUAAGAAGUUUAGAUUUAAGCAUGAGAUUUUUUAGAUCGAUGAGAGCUAAUAUGCAAAAAGAGAAAGCUUAAAAUGGAAUAUAAAACCAGAACAAAAAUCUAUUAGUCAAAGGAUUAAAGUUUUAUGAUGAUGAGCAAAAACUUAUUCUUUUAGCAAUUCACUACAAUUCAAAUUUAUUGAAGAACCUUCCUGAAAAAGAAAAGCUAUCACUGAGUUCAAUUUAAAACUGGUAUUACCUUGGAAAUUCUGUAAACUCCAUUAAUCUCUCGUCUAACUGGCUGUCACAAAGAGCUCAAUAACUAAUUUUCUCCUCACUUUAAAAUAUGCUUAACUUGAAAGAACUCGUUUUUAACAAUAAUUAUAUCAAGAAUUCACCACUAUUUUUCAAGUCCAUCACUGAAUGCAAGAAUCUCGAGUCCGUUUACCUAAAAUCCUGCUCAUUUUACGGGGUAUUUGAGAUUGAAUUCAAAACCUGCUUUUUUCAGUUAGAGAACUUAAAAGAUUUACGCUUAAGUUACUCAAAUAUCACAGAUUAAACUAUUCUUAUGCUGUCUGAAUGCAUUUCUCAACUUAUAAGCAUUUAGAAGAUAAAUUUGAAGCAGUGCGGACUUACUCAUAUAUCACUAGACAGCAUAUUUGAAAGACUAAGCACAAAUUAAACCAUUUUGUCGAUGAAUCUUAGCUAAAAUGACCUAUAGGGUAUAUUGCAGUUGGGAAAGUUUAUCAAAAUGAAUAAAACUAUUGAAAAGUUGAAGUUGGCUAAGACAUAGCUAAGUGAUAAUGAGUUAAAGCAAGUAAGUUAUGGACUAAAGAUCAAUAAAUCUCUCAGAAUACUCGAUCUGUCUCAAAAUCAAAUCUAAAAUGUUGGCUAAAUAAAAGAUGGAUUAAGUUGUAAUAUUGCCUUAGAAAAACUAGACAUUUCAAAUAAUGUGAUUGACGAUGACGGUCUCAUAAAAUUAUCUGAGGCUUUUAUAAGUAAUGGUUGUUUGGACACUCUUUCAAUCUCAUUCAAUGAUUAUUAGAUGGCCGGAAUCAAGAAUUUCUUUCAAAUCUUUGAACAAAAUGACUCUCUUUAAAACAUUUCCUUUUCUAUUCCUUAGGUUUUAACUGAUGCAGAACUUAAUCAGUUAAGCAAUAUUAUUAUUUAAACUCUGAUUACUAUGAAGGGAACUUUUAAGAGACUUGAAAUCUUAGGAAAUGCUAAAAAAUUAAAGGAAUCUGAGUUUUUCUAUAAAUUUAUCAAAGAAGGAGCGUUUAACAUUGAAGAACUAAUCAUUGAUAGUAUUUUAAAGAGAAACUAGCUUUAGGAAAUAAUUAACGCUCUGAGAUUAAUUUUAGAAGGACCUUAAAACAAAGACGAACUAGACAAAUUUAACAAUCAUAAGCUAAAGAGAAUUACUUUUAUCAAGCCUUAAGAAUUUUCCGAGGAGAUUCAGAUGCUUGAGAAUCUACUAGAAGAAAAACAAAAUCUUUUCUUCUUGCCACAAUAACUCAAGCAAAGAUUCAACAGACUUUAGUAAUAGUAAUAGAUGUAGCAGCUUUAAAUUUAGGAGCAAAUUAAUAAUGCUAACAUGCAAAAACAAUUGAUAAAUAACUCAGGUUCAAAAUAGUAGAUCAAUGCUGAAAGACCUUUGCAAUCCUAGCAACCUUUAGCGCAGAGUCCUGGCAAUGAAUCAGGAGAUGAUGAUGAAGAUUAGUUGGACUCUCAAUUAGACUCAAGUCGACAUGACAAAGAUGAUAUUGAAGCUGGAAUAUAGAUGAACAUGCCUCUUGGAAUAGAUAACAACAUGGGAAAGCAAGUUUUCCAACAAAAGAGUAGAAUAAACAACAGUCACAAUAAUGACAAUAGAAUUUGA